AAAGGUGGAAGGGAUUGCUGGUCCGUUAUAUUUUUGACAGCGCGCCAUUAUUUUUAGAGUAAACUUCAGUAUAUUGUUUUACAAACUAGAAAUUACCCCUAUUUCUGUGAUUAGUUUUAAUUUUACAAUGGAUUGUGAUAAGCGAAGUCCAUCGAACAGAUAUGAAUUGAAAUAUGCAUCUCAAGAUGCGCUCAACACAAAGAGAAGAUAUCAACAUGUACAGAGCAAAGUCAAAGUAUACAUUGAUAAUCUUCGAAAAGAAGAUGAAGAACGGCGUAGAGUGAAAAUAACGCGUCAUAGAUCUGAACCAUCCGAAUUAGCGGAAUGGAAUAAGCCCGAUCAAUUGGAUCAAUCAAGCACCGAUUGGAGAUUAGUGCUGGAAAAGAAGAAUGUCGAAUGCAACGAAAUGAAAGAGCGAUUGCAUGAUAUGAAAACGUACGGUGACACAAUGCACGAUUUAUUAAACGCUGAACGAUUGCGGAGAAAAGAACUGCAAAAGAAGUUGGACGCAAUUCGAAAAGACCUCAAAAUUGUAAAUAGUUGCACUUGGAGUGAUCCAGGUUUCCGAGGUGGCGAUCAAAUUGCGGAAAACACUAAAAUUGGUUCCAGAGGAAUAAACACCACCGAUGAUGUUGGGAUGUACAUUGAAGAUAAAGUUAUGAACAACAGCAUUGAAUGGUUGGGUGAAGUCGGAUCAGAUGAAAUAGUGGCCGAUGAAAACGACAAAACAAUUCUGUUGGAGCCGGUUGAAGUUCUGGCGGUGAAUAAAGGUAUGAAAUACCGUGUGAAAAAAUUAUUGCGUUGUUGUACUCCGUGCGUCAAAGAUUAAGUUCUAAUUUACGUUUUUGAUGACUAAAAAUGCCUUACCAAGUAUAGGAAGACAUUUAUGUAUUUAUAAGCUUUGUUCAAUAAAGUAGUUUCCUGAUGGAGAGAA